AGCCAAACAAUUCUGCAAACGUCCGAUCUGCCCCAGUUCGUAUGUCCCUCCCAUUAGUUUGUUAUUCGUGGGUGACGUCUGCCUCUUCCCUCUCAGUGGUUUCCAUGUUUGUAAUGUAAGUUAUGCUAUUCGCUGUUGAAGUAUCCAGCUCUGCACACACCGCGAUGGAAAUAUAUGACAAAGUGCAGAGAGCUGUGCAGUUUUACCUAUAUCCUAUACAUUUCCAGUGCAUCAUAGCCGUCGUUGCUGUUGUAUACAUUGCUCUGAAGGUUACGAAACUUGUUGUCAGAAAAUACGAGGAUACCCGCGUUCUUGAGAGCUUUCCCGGACCACCUGGUCACUGGUUAUUUGGGCACGCUCUAGAGUUUCCACAAGAUGGGACAGGUUUGGACAAGGUGGUGAAAUGGGGAGAAGCAUAUCCCUUUGCCUUUCCUCUGUGGUUUGGACCCGUCAUUGCGUUUCUUAACAUCCAUCAUCCAUCCUAUGCAAAAACUCUAUUAGCCUCAACAGAGCCUAAAGAUGAUAUUGCCUACAGGUUUCUUAUCCCAUGGAUAGGCGAAGGCUUGUUAGUGUCUCAUUCAAAUAAGUGGUUCAGACACAGAAGACUACUCACCCCUGGUUUUCAUUAUGAUGUGCUAAAACCUUACGUGAAACUGAUUGCAGAUUCAACCAAAGUUAUGCUGGAUAAAUGGGAGAACUAUGCAAAAACAAACGAAUCGUUCGAGCUUUUUCAGCAUGUGAGCCUGAUGACUCUGGACAGCAUUAUGAAAUGUGGCUUCAGCUGCAACAGUAACUGCCAGACAGAAAGUGGGACAAAUGCAUACAUAAAGGCUGUGUAUGAGCUGUGUGACCUGGUGAACCUUCGUUUCCGGGUCUUUCCGUACCACAGUGAUAUAAUCUUUCAUCUCAGUCCGCAUGGCUACAGAUUUAGGAAGGCGUGCAAAAUUGCACAUGGCCAUACAGAGGAAGUCAUCAGAAGGAGAAAGGAGAUAUUAAAGUGUGAGAGGGAACAAGAGAAAGUUCAGACGAAGAGACACCUGGACUUCUUGGAUAUCCUCUUGUGUGCAAGGGAUGACAACCAGGAGGGACUUGCUGACGAGGACAUCCGAGCGGAGGUUGACACGUUCAUGUUCGAGGGCCACGACACUACCGCCAGCGGCAUCUCUUGGCUCCUCUUCAGUCUGGCCAGCAACCCAGAGCACCAGAAGACGUGCAGGGAGGAGAUCACCCAGGUGCUGCAGGGGAAGGACAACAUGGACUGGGAGGACCUGAGCAAAAUCCCAUACACUACCAUGUGCAUCAAAGAGUCUCUGCGGAUGUACCCGCCUGUACCUGGCAUCGCCAGGAAGCUGACCAAGCCCUUAACGUUCUUCGAUGGCAGGACUGUACCCGCAGGUUUUCUUGUAGGAACCAGUGUUUUUGGUCUGCAUAGGAACGCCACAGUCUGGGAGAACCCCAAUGUGUUUGACCCGCUGCGGUUUCUGCCAGAGAACUGUGCCAAAAGGUCGCCGCAUGCCUUUGUACCCUUCUCUGCUGGUCCCAGGAACUGCAUUGGCCAGACCUUUGCCAUGAAUGAAAUGAAGGUGGCGGUGUGUCUGACCCUUAAGAGGUAUGAGCUCAUGACCGAUCCGGACCUCAAGCCCAAGAUGCUGCCACGCCUGGUGCUGCGCUCCCUCAACGGCAUUUACCUGAGGAUCAAACACCUGGAGCCAGAGCCCUAAGCAGCACCCUGCCUUACGUGAGCCACAUGUGGAACAGACUCAUUGACCAACCUGUGGAUUCAUUAGCCAACCAACACACACACUAAAAAACGUUGAUGUCACAAAACAGAACUUAUAUUUCUUUACUAAGGGAAUUAAAUAGAUAACAAGCUCAGAGUAAUUCAUUUACUGUAUAUACUAACAAAGCAAUCGUUUGUAUGAAUACUGUAUGUCUCACCUGUGGAAUUCAGUCCUUAAACUGACUGAAAAGAUUGUGAAAAGUGUAUUUGAGCGUGUUGCUGUUGAUAUUACUGCUGCUUUGGAAUAGUCAUGUCUGUGAUCCUGAAUUUGAUGUUUAAAUAACUCAUUAUUCUCCUUC